UCUAACUGCCAAUAUAUGCAGUCUAGUUAUAGUAAUUUAAAGACAUUUAUGAUCAUUCUUUCCCUGUUUCUUUCUUUUGGCAUAUUUGCCACCAUCUCUAGGUACCAUAUAUUGAUAUGAUCCAGAGCAUAAAGAUUGGCAGAGAGGUACCUCAUUUCUUUGGCAAAAAUGGCUACUUUUUGCACAUUAGUUUCAUUAGGCCUCUUAAUUUUUACUACCUUAGUGACUGGAAAUAUUGUUGAAGCCUAUAAUGCCCAACCAAAACAGUUGGUUACAAAAUUGAUUCACUGGGGUUCUAUUCUCUCUCCAUAUUUCAAUCCUAAUGCAUCGGUUGCAGAACGCGCCGAGCGCAUAGUUAAAACCUCGGCCACCCGCAUUGCCUACUUGUAUGCACAGAUUAAAGGAGAUAUUCACAUGAAUGAUUUUGAGCUCAAUCUUCUUCCCAGUACCUAUGAACCCUUGUUCUUGGUGAAUUUCUCCAUGGGACAACCUGCUACUCCACAACUUGCAAUAAUGGACACAGGCAGCAAUAUCUUAUGGGUACGAUGUGCCCCAUGUAAACGAUGUACCCAGCAGAAUGGUCCAUUAUUAGACCCCUCCAAGUCCUCCACAUAUGCUAGUUUGCCAUGCACGAACACCAUGUGCCACUACGCCCCUAGUGCCUACUGUAACAGGUUAAAUCAGUGUGGAUACAACCUAAGUUAUGCAACGGGUCUAUCAUCAGCAGGAGUGCUUGCCACUGAACAAUUCAUCUUCCACAGUUCAGAUGAAGGCGUCAAUGCUGUUCCUAGUGUAGUCUUUGGGUGCAGCCAUGAGAAUGGAGACUACAAAGACAGGCGUUUCACAGGCGUUUUUGGACUGGGAAAAGGAAUCACGUCCUUUGUAACUCGAAUGGGUUCUAAAUUUUCUUACUGUCUUGGUAAUAUAGCUGACCCUCACUAUGGCUAUAACCAGUUGGUCUUUGGUGAAAAAGCGAAUUUUGAAGGCUACUCAACACCUUUAAAAGUAGUAAAUGGCCACUACUACGUCACACUGGAAGGCAUUAGUGUAGGAGAGAAAAGACUCGACAUUGAUUCUACUGCAUUUAGCAUGAAGGGAAAUGAAAAAUCCGCAUUAAUCGACUCUGGAACUGCGCUAACUUGGCUGGCCGAAAGUGCAUUUAGAGCACUAGAUAAUGAAGUUCGUCAGCUCUUGGAUGGAGUUCUAAUGCCAUUUUGGAGGGGGUCAUUUGCUUGUUACAAGGGAACAGUGAGCCAAGACCUUAUUGGGUUUCCAGUAGUAACAUUUCACUUUUCUGGGGGUGCAGAUUUGGAUUUGGACACUGAGAGCAUGUUUUAUCAAGCCACACCAGAUAUACUUUGCAUAGCCGUGAGGCAAGCCAGUGCUUAUGGUAAUGAUUUCAAAAGUUUCUCUGUGAUUGGGCUAAUGGCUCAGCAGUACUACAAUAUGGCUUAUGAUCUCAACAGUAAUAAGUUAUUCUUCCAGAGGAUUGAUUGUCAACUUCUUGUUGACUGA